GACCCUGUCGCCCCCUGGAUUUUCAUUUGGAUAUAUGCUCUUUUGCAGGUUUUUAGACUCUAUUGGUGUUGUAUUCAGAUUUAUAUCCAAUGGAUAUAUAUAUAUAUGUUGCCUUGUGUUGAUGUAUUAUAGUUGUCUUAUGUAAUGUAUAUGCUGAAGACUACAAAGUCUUGGCUUGAGGUCCAUACCAGGAUAUGCCUAAUUGGAUUCGAAUUAUAUGAUGUGGAAGAAAGAUGGUUGGAAGAGUCCGCGUUGGUUUCGUCCAAAUAAAACAAAUUCAAAGUCUUUUGAGAAACCCUAAAAAAAGAACAUGGAGAGGAGAAACCCUGUCUAAUGGUGGAUCCAAUCCCAACAAGGGGGGAAAUUAUACAUUUCAGGUUCUUUUUAUGUAACAGACAGAACUGUCUCUGUGUUCGUCCCCUAAAUUCUUCUGUCUUGUCAGAGUUCCCAGGAAGAUUGGACCUUUCUUUCAAUCUCAUUUGCCCCCAUUUGAUUUGGAUCUGAAGGGUUGGAAAAAGGUUCAAUCUUUCCUUGGGAUCACAUUUAUUGAAGGAUUUUGUCAAGAAAAUGAAGCUUUGCCCUUGUUUCAAGCCACAUCUGAUCUCCAGCCUGUCCAGAGAUUCCUUUGAUCAAUCCCUGAAGGUGAAGACAGGCAAAAGGCAUAGACUUGCUACUCUCUUCUCGACCAUCUCCCGUGGAAAAGGAACCCUUAAGCAGAGAUAUAUAACAGAAGAAAUAAAGAAGUUAGGGAAUGCAAAGAACAGCGGCCGCGUCUUCAAGUUCAAGGAACUCAUAGCCGCCACCGAUAACUUCAGCAUGGAUUGUAUGGUUGGAGAAGGUGGCUUUGGGAGAGUCUACAGAGGAUUCCUCAACUGCAUUAAUCAGGUGGUUGCUGUAAAGAGGCUUGACCGAAAUGGGCUUCAAGGGACAAGAGAAUUCUUUGCAGAAGUGAUGGUUCUGAGUUUGGCUCAGCAUGCAAACCUUGUGAAGCUCAUCGGAUACUGCGUAGAAGACGACCAAAGGGUCCUCGUCUACGAGUUCAUGCCUAAUGGAUCUUUGGAAGAUCAGCUCUUCGAUCUACCCGAAGGAAAACCAUGUCUGGAUUGGUUCACGAGGAUGAAAAUAAUGCACGGAGCAGCGAAAGGGCUCGAGUACUUACACAACUUUGCAGAUCCUCCGGUGAUAUACCGAGAUUUCAAAGCGGCGAAUAUACUGUUAGACGAGGAUUUCGAAUCAAAGCUGUCGGAUUUCGGGCUGGCAAAGUUAGGACCAACCGGUGGAAAAGAUCAUGUAUCCACCAGAGUGAUGGGGACAUACGGAUACUGUGCUCCUGAAUACGCCAUGACAGGUCAGCUCACGACAAAGUCCGAUGUCUAUAGCUUCGGAGUCGUUCUUCUCGAAGUCAUCUCUGGGAUAAGAGCUAUAGACACAGAGAGACCAACAGAAGAACAGAACUUGGUCGCAUGGGCGGAGCCGAUGCUGAAAGAUAAGAGCACGUUUACGAGGAUAGCGGAUCCGUUGCUAAAAGGGAAGUAUCCGACAAAGGGACUGUAUCAAGCUCUGGCCAUUGCAUCAAUGUGUCUGCAAGAAGAACCAGACACUCGGCCUCUAAUGGCGGAUGUUGUCACUGCCCUUGAGUUCCUUGCGACUAAGCCUAAAGAAGAAGAUGAUAAUCCCACUUCUGAAGAAGAUGUUAACACUACUACUACCACUUACACCACAUCUGAAGCCUGAGAAAAAAGCUGUUUUUAUUUUAUUGAAAAAAUGCCAAACUUUAGGGUUUAGGAAUCUAUUUUUUUUGGGAAUUUUCUAAAAAAUAUUUUGGGGUUUAUGAUUGUGCUGAAAGAUAUACAUGAUUUUGGGGGGUAUCAUCUGCAGGAAUCAUCGGAAGUGUUUUUUUUUUUUUCAUUUUCUUUUUACUUUUAUCAAAUGCGUACUGUGUAAAUUUCUAAAAUGCAGCAACGAAUAUAAUAUUU